UUUUUCUCGAUUCUUGAAUAUUUUCCCUUUUAUUUUCAUUUAGUGCCAUCAUCAUUAUUUUCAUGCUUUUAAUUUUCCUAGUAUUAUUUUAUCGGCUUAUUUAUUUUUAUUAUUCUCUUAUUUUCCUUAGUGCUUCUUUUUGACUGGAUUUAUAUUAUUAUUCUUGGGGUUUUUAGUCGUUACCGCGUUGCUUGCUGGCUGCACCUUCUUUUUACCGCUGUAAGGGAAACCAGCAGGAAGAAGCGACUCUAGUACAUACCUACCUCAUCCUCCGCCUUCUCCCAUUCUCUUUCUUCUCCCCCUCUCUUCAUCGUCACUGGUUCUCUUUCGCGUUUACCUCCCUUCGUUUUCCCAUUUUAUUCUAUUUUAUUUCUUAUUUCCUUUUUCUUUUUUCUUACCCUUUUUCUUCAUUUUCGCCGUGCGAGUUCUUCAAAGAGACCUGGAAUAAGGCUGGCCUUCUUCAUCUCUCUGUUGCCUUCUUUUCCGCCAACCUUCCAUUCUCUUUGUUGUUGACGAGCUUCGCAGCAUCAGCGCCUGACUACAUUUUCAAGAGGCUGGUCCCUCUUGCGUCUGGAUUGCCUAUCCAUCACCUUCUUUAUUCUCCUCCCGCUCUUGUUUCGCAUCACUUUCUCUACCAAAAAGUUUGGCUUUCUUAUUUCCUGAAACGGGGGUGUUUUGACUGUAUUUUUUUGGUGUGGCAAAGAUGUAUCCCCAACAUGGUGCUCCUAUGGCACCGCCUCAGAAGCCCGAGACCUUUAUGCUUUCGAGCGAAGCGCAACAAAGCCUUCCUCAUGAUGCGCAAGUCGCACUGCAGCAAGUCGACAACCUGAAAUACUUUCUCCUCUCGGCCCCAGUGGACUGGCAACCGGAUCAGCUUAUCAGACGCUUCCUGCUACCAACGGGCGACUACAUUUCCUGCGUUCUCUGGAGCAACCUUUUCCAUAUCUCGGGUACCGAUAUCGUCAGAUGCCUUGCGUUCCGAUUCCAAGCCUUCGGUCGCCCUGUCAAGAAUUCCAAGAAGUUUGAAGAGGGGAUCUUCUCAGAUCUCCGUAAUCUCAAGGCCGGCACCGAUGCGACGCUCGAAGAGCCCAAGAGCCCGUUCCUAGACUUCCUCUACAAGAACAAUUGCAUCCGAACGCAGAAGAAGCAAAAAGUCUUCUAUUGGUAUAGUGUUCCGCAUGAUCGGCUGUUCCUCGACGCGCUGGAGCGUGACCUGAAGCGGGAGAAGAUGGGACAGGAGGCGACCACCGUUGCCGUCAGCGAGCCCGCUCUGUCUUUCGAGUUUGAUUCAUCUCAGUCGCUGUAUGAACAACUCACAAAGGCGCAACAAGCAAAUUCAUCUUCGUUUGCUGCACACGCAAGUACGACAUAUGGCCAACCCGCAUCCCCAGUGGUUCGGACCGUUGACGCUAUGCCUCCUCCCCAGAUGGCUCCUCAGAUGGCUCCCCCAGCGUUAGCCCUUCUCCCGGACGAGUCUGGCAAUCCGGCCAUGUACAGCCAGAUCCCAAUGCCGAACCCUCUGGCUCAGAACAUUGUUAAGCGCGAGCCGGAUUACGGGCAGAUCCACUAUGAUCGUAAUGGAAUGCCGAUUGCGCGCAUCCACCAACGCCACGCUUCCAUGCCCACCUUCGUCGAGUACUCGCCGGCUCCGUCGUUUGUCUCGUCGCAGUUCGAAGACUACAGCAACCGGGGGUUAUCCUUUGAGCCCGUCACGCCUCCCCAGCACAGCUCCCAACUUGGGGCCGAACCGGCUUACAUUGCUAACGAGGACACCGGCCUUUACACUGCCAUCCCCGAGGUGUCUUCCUCGGGCGCUUUCAACCCGAUGAUGCAAUUGCCCACCUCCAACCUUGCAAGCGCCCAUUACCCUACCCCUGCGAGAACAUUUCACUCCAACGUUUAUUCGGUUCUCGAGGGCUCGCCAACAUACAAGCAGCGACGUCGCCGUUCUUCCAUCCCCCCUGGUCCCAGCGCAAUCCCUACGUCGACCCCCUCCCAGGUGACUGGACCGCCCUCUCAGCCUAUCUCCUAUGCCGCCCACCGGCCAAGCGAUCUUCGACGAUCUGUCUCUAGCUCAGUUGCCCCAGUCAUCGAGGCUGAUGAAUCGCAACACACCUCGCGUCGAACUAUGAAUGGCUACGCGGCACCUACUCUCCCGCAGAAGAACUUGCUGCAUGAGAUGUCGCGUAAUGGUACCCCGCUUUCAAGCCUGGACGAGAAUGCCGAGCAGACUAAUGUAUCUCUUGCAAACCCCGCCGACGAGCUUACUGCUCUGCCCAAUGGCGACGCGUUGGAGACCGCUGUCCAGCACAGUGCCUCCAACAAGGGGGAGCGUUACGCGCCCGGGCCCGUUCGACGUGCCCGAAGCGCCACCAUGAUGGAACUUGGACCCUAUCCCCAGAAAUCUCACUCCUGUCCAAUCCCGUCGUGCGGACGGCUCUUCAAGAGAUUAGAGCAUUUGAAGCGGUAAGUCGCAGAAACCUAUUUUUAACCGAUUCAUCAUUGGACCGCCCCUUCUGCAAGAUAUGCAGGGGGUUCUCGUGUGACGAUUUCUGUAGCCGCCCACUAACAUUUAGCGCAGGCACGUGAGAACCCACACCCAGGAACGGCCCUACCCUUGUCCAUACUGUAACAAAGCCUUUUCACGAUCGGACAAUCUCGCGCAGUAAGUUUCAUGUGUCAAGUAUACCAAGGAUCCAUGCUUACCCAACAUGACAGACAUCGUCGAAUCCACGAGGCCCAACAGGAUGGUCAGCCGCCACUUCCUGUCCCCGAGGAAGACUUGGAGAACGAGGACAAUGAUUUUAAUUCAAACGACGAAGGCUCUUCGCCUUCAGAGAUGGUGCCGAGCACUGUGAUUAAUCCUCCCAGCAUGGUCUCAAUGCCUCCUGCCAUGACCAUGCCUCCCACCAUGCAUCCAAUGGUAGCACCUCACAUGAUCGCUCCUCAACUCCUACAGCAGCAGAUUUAGGACCGGCCUCGCACUAGCUGCGAUGGAGCAACCGGGCUGUCAAUCAAAGACCAAAACAAAACAAAACAAAACAAGAAAACAAAUACCGUACCUCACCGGUCUUGUUACUGGCUUUGGGACGAUCGCGGCGCCGAGAUUCCGCCAAUUCUUCGGAUUUUAUAGACUUCUAGGAUACCAUUUUCCUUUUCUGAUGCGUUGUUUCUUUGUGGAUACCACUUCAUUUGUCAGUGGGCUUCAAAUUUCCUUGACUGCAUGCUCUAUACUGGCUGCUUGGACGUUCGGCUUUCAAUAGGAUCGAAGAUGAUACUCAGCACGGGAUUGCUCCAGGUAUUCUUUCGGUUUCUAUCAAAGCUUCUCCAACAUGCUUUCCUCUUAAUGGGUGUGGCCAGAGUGUGGUGAGAUUUAUCCGUAUCGCUCUUGCCAUUGUGUUUAUUCUGCGUGGGCUUUCCUUUGUCUUUAUGUGCUAUGUUGAUAAUGGGGUUCUUUUGUUUUUUUUUAUACCUUGUUUUAUCUCUCUCCCUCGAUCUGUUAGGAACUGGUUGGAAAGUUGCAGACAUGUUAGGAAGUGCGAUGCAAUCUUACAAAAGGUGGUGGACACCUUUUUGAGGCACGGAUAUAUUGUGGGAUACGAUUAAAGAUUGGAUUUUAGUGAUGCUUUUCAGAAAGUGGAAAGCGGAAGGGCUGUAAGCAGCUAAAUAUUUACCCUUUAACAGUUAUAGACUUUUUUUUUUUUGCUCCAUC